AUGGAAGUCUAUGUCCUUCCUAGGAAAGAUGGGAUUUGGUUGGAAAAUGGGGUUUUAGUGGAUGUGAUUGAAAGAAAGCUAGAUGUUGACUAUGAGUUUACAACUAUUGUUCUUUCCGAAAUGGUCUGGCAAGAUAAUCAUAUUGCCAUCUUUGGUGAAGCAGGCAAUGAGCAGCAGUUCAUAGCGGUGACUGUUGUUUGUGGCCGUUCUGGUUGGUGUAGCAUCCAUGCCACAUGGGUGCCACCUUUGGGACUCAUUGAUUACUCGCCUCUACCGCUGGGAGCGGCCCUACAGCUGGUCCCAGAGCGGUUGUUUCACCGGGUUAGCUGGCUGAGGCAGUCCUGUGUGAUGUCAUUGACACUCCGGACUGAGCUCCAGGUGGAGCUUUUGACCGCUUUCUUGAAUACCCGUGGUCCGAGGGCGAUUCUUUCCUCAGACUCUUACCCUCUGGACCACAGUCCUGUCAUUAUAGAGCUUCUUUUUGGCACUCUCUCUGUGCCAGCCGCUUCUUUGUCACUGCGCUCAACAAGUAUCUGA